UGGACUUCUUGGGUGUUUACGGACUUUAAAGCCUUUAAAUGGCUAAAACCGAAUCCUUCAAACUCCUAAAAAUCAAUUCCGUACUCAUUCCUACUUCAUUAUGCAACAGACGUCUGCUAAGCCAACAGAAAAACAAAUAAUUCCUCCUUCAUCAAGCUGAAUGUCUAAUCGAAUAACUAGACUAUGACAAAAUGUAUUAAAGCUGAAAGGCGAUCAACUGACUGCAGCAGCAUCAGGUGCUGCGGCUCACAUCUGAGUUGCUUUAAUUUGAAUUGCAGAUAACAGACAACUUAACGAACUGCACGUCUACGGCAACCGCAACACAUCAGAAACAAAAAAAAGAAGAAAACAGUUAGAAAAAAACUAAAUCCAAGAGGAAUAAAAACGCACUAAAUACACGCCCCACCCCAGAAAGAUAGAAACACAAAGAACGGUCGAUGACGACAUCAUUAUUUCUCAUCAUCCUGUUCAUGGUGGCUCUAUUACCAGCCAACAUAAUCAAAGAAACCAACGCAACAGCUGCUGCCGGCAGUGCCUGGCAGUCUGUGGUGGUUCCCGACAGUUCUAGGCUCCUCAGCAGCUCUUUGCUGCAUUCCCCAUCGGACAUUGCCCAUCGACUAAGCACAUCAGUCAUUCGCUCCAAUGAGAGAAAUCAGCAUCAACUUCAACUUCAGCAGAACCCACUACGACGACGACGCAUCGCCAGAGCACCGACUAUCAAUCAGGAAUUUUUGCCGGGUGAGUUGCUGCCGCAAUUGCCACAACUGCCACCACCUCCACUGCCAGCUAUUCCAUUAUUGGCAAAGCCUUUUGCUGAGAAGCAGAACAUCCAGCACCAUAAUGGUACAACACCUCUGUGCGGAGGCUACUAUCGGGCUGCAGCUGGCACCAUUCAAACGCCCAACUUCCCGCACAGAUUCAAGACACCCAUCGAGUGUGUUUGGAUUGUUGAUGCGUCCGAGAUUCACUCGCACGCCGAACCGGGUGCCAAUGUUUCGAUAGUUGUCUACCUGACGCAGUUGUACGUGCUGGGCGGACUCAAAUUCACAGAGUACAUGUACUACAGCGAUGACUACAAAGUGCCCAGUCAUCGGCUUUUCCAACUCACCGAAGACGAUGCCACUAAAGUAGCGUGGAUUCAAUUCACCAGUCAAUACCUUGAGAUUCGUUUCGAGAUGCAAACCUUGGAUGGGACACAUCUGAGGGCCCUGGAUCGACUGUUGGAUGUCUAUGGCUUUAACAUUACCUACGAAGUUGACAGCAUUGUGAAACCUUAUCAGUGCAAUGCUCUGCAGUGUCGAUUUCUGGGACAUUGUUGGGCCAAUGCCAAAUACACAGCCUACAACUGUUCAUGUUUUCCUGGCUUCAGUGGAUCAGAUUGUGGACAUGGACCAUUGUGUGAUGAUCCUCAUACGAAUUUCUGUCAAAAUGGUGGAACUUGCAAACACAUCGGUGAUGCUGCUAUAACAUGCCAUUGUCUCUCCGGAUUCAAAGGAAACAAAUGCGAAUUAUCCGAAAUUAAUGAGAUAACAAAGGGUUGCACAGGAAACAGUUCAAUUGAUUGCCACAAGGAAUGCGACUUUCAAACUGGAAACUCAAUCAUCAAAUCGAGAAAAGGUAUAAGCAGUGAAAGAAUUGCAGCUCGUACCGGAAAAACUCGAUACGAAGUGACAAUAAGACUUGGAACAAAUUUAACAUCAUUUUAUCGAUCAGUGGACGCGGAAAAGAAGGCAUCCGAACAUCUUCCUAGCAUCCUUGAGAGACAUAUGGGUAGAAUUUUAAGAAAUUUCAAUAUCACAAGAAUCACCGAUUUGGAAUUAAUAAGCAAUUCUUCAGAUCGAUUGGAUAUAACAUUUCAUUUCUUUGGUGUUAAAAGUGAUUCAACGAGAAUACGCGAAGCCAUAACACGAAUGGUUGAACGUGGAAGAAUUGGAAACAUAACAUUGGUUUCCAAUUUUCAUCUUUUUGAUGAGAAUCCUCCACUUAAGCUAUUGGAUGUAACCAUAAAUAAAAAAUCACCAAUACGCUCAAUGAGUGAAUUUGUUUUAUCAUGUUCGGCUCAGGGAUCAUCACGAAUUAAUUUUCAGUGGUAUAAAGAUGGUGCAAUUGUAAAUACUUCAAAAGCAACCAGAGAAAUUUGGACGACAGUUCUUCCACCAGAAAACGAAAAUUUGUAUACUGCAAUUCUAGGAAUUACAAAAGCAAACCAAAUGGAUGAAGGUGUUUACACUUGCAAGGUGGUGGACUGGAGCGUGGAGCAGUGUCGUUCGAUUCAUGUGCACAUUCAAACACCACCCCGACUGAGGGUCGACCCGGCUAGCGUGACUUUGCAUCGUGGGGAUUCGUUGCGUGUCCGGUGUCUCUCGCCCGGUAACGAUAUCAAACGUUAUGGACAAUUAGGAUACAGCUGGACGCGUAAUGGUGUACUCUUUCAGUCGGAUCCGCAAACAGUGAUGUGGGAAGAUUUAUAUCCGGACGGAAGCAUUUUGAAAAUCAAUAACAUCCAGAAAUCAGCUGAAUACUCGUGUGUGGUAUCGAACAGUGUUUCGCCAGUAUCGAAGAGUGUCUAUGUAACGGUAAUCGAUAGAAAUAUGGUUGAAUUAUGCCAUGCUGAAAUGAACAAUGGCGUCCAAUGGCCAACAACAGCACCAGGAGCUGCUAUCGUCGCUGAUUGUCCUAAAAAAUAUCAAGGAUAUUCGAGGCGAGUGUGCGAGAAACGCGAUGUUGGUAAUACAACAUGGCUGCAACCGGACUUUUCACAGUGCGUCGCUGAUCAACUACUAAAAACUUACAAUCAGUUUCAGGCUCUAACAUCAGGAUACCAGAAAACAAAUGUUUCAGCAAUAUUAAAAGCAUGCCUGCAAUACACAAUAAGUAGACAUGACAGCUUUUUACUUGGUGAAGCUGGGUUUCUUUUGGAUAUGUUGCAAAAUGUUGGUUCGUAUUUGGAAAUAAAAUGCACUCAGCUAGAACGUGAAAUGGCAGCUGAAAUAGUUCUGCAUAUUUUAGACAAAGUAAUGCUAAAUGUCAGAUCAUUAAAUAGUCAAAAGCACAUUAAAAAGUUGCAGUUCUUGACACAGUGGGCAGCAUUAAGUCGUGAAACAAUUGCAGCAUCACAAUUAGCUACAUCAACGUCAUCUUCAUCGUACUCCUCGUUGUCUUCCGUUGGAACUUUACACUCGGCAUCCACAUCAUCAUCAUCCUCAUCUUCGUCUUCUUCAUCAUCGUCGUCGUCGUCAUCGUCAACACCAGCAUUGUCUGCUCCAAAUAACAAUGGAACCAGGGGAUCAAGCACAGCAGGUAGUAGCAGUAGGUCUUCGUCAUAUACAUCAGCGUCUGGGGCAGAGAAUAAUAUGUUGUCAGCAUCAGCCUUGGCGGAGACUGAAGGUGCAUCUGUAAUCCUUGAUGAGGAAACAUUGUCCUUGGAUCGAUUAAGUUCACUUAGGACUUACAUGACAGCUGUUAAGACGCUUCCAUUUAAUCUACGAAUUUACGGCGAUGACUUAUUUUCCGACCAACUUUAUAUGGAUAUUACUAUUUCAAAACUUCUUCUCAGCAUAAUGGCGAAUUCAACAAUAUUUGCUUCAGUGAUAUCGUACAAAAAUUUGAAAAGUUUCCUACCCAAAACUUAUUUCUCACGUGGCAGUGACUCUAAAGACACUGAUUAUAUCUUGGCAUCCCGAGUUGUCCAGACGUGGCUAUUUCAAUCGAAUCGUUCAAAUGAUAACAUGAGGGAGCCAUUAGAUCUGCCAUUGGAUGUGGGACAUGUUGAGAUUAUUUUCCAACAUGAACCCAGAAAUAUUAACAGUGAUUGGAUACCAGUUUGUGGGCACGAUUAUAAGGCAACAUUCGAGUCGACUUGGCGCACAGAACCUUGCAUUACGAAAAAUCUCAUGGCGAAUAUAACGCGUUGUAUCUGCCCGUUAUCUGGAACAUUUGUGGUGCUGCUUGCGAAAAAGACCGAAAACAUCAACAUCAUACGACCAUCGGAAUGUCCCAUCUUUGUCAUCAUUGGAUGUGGUUGUUGUUUUCUGCAAUCUUGUACUGCCUUCAUCGUACUGCUGCCAAUUUGGUAUCACAAGAAAUGUUGUGUAACAUUUCUGAAAAUGCAAUUCUGUACAUCGACAUCCAGCAUAAUGAUUAUAUUUUUGCUUGGUUUUCUCAAAAUGCUUCCACAGGACUUACAGGGUAUUAUAAGUUCAACUUUAGCCUCAUUGAUGCUUCUGGGUAUCUCAACUAUAAUUGCCAUCGCUCUAGUUGUUCAUUCACAAUUGAUACCACGGAAGCUUCAAGUAACAACUAAUCUAUCGUCUGGUCUUCGCGGAGCAAUCGGCAUUAGUUGGCUUUUGCCAUUUUUGUUUGCCAUUUGUUCGCCAUUGAUAAGCAAUAUAAUUGGCAAAUGGCCAAAACAUUGGUGGCUAGAUGUCGACAGUUCAGCCUUUGUAUUGUUUGUCGUUGUUGAGAUGCUGUUGAUUGUACCCUUUGGAUUGUUGCUGUUCAUAUUAAUCAGGAAACUUUUGUGGCUUUUGCGAAAGCAUGGCCAAAAGGGAACAAUGCUAUGGGAGCGAAUAGGACUAUUGUAUCGCAGUGGGAUGAUUUUGUUUCUUAAACUUUCAACGGAUUCUUUAUUUAUUGCUUAUCUCAAUACAAAGGAAAACACAAUUUUGAGUUAUAUCCUUGGAAUAUCGUGUACGUUACUGGGAUUCUCUGUACUUUUCUGCUUUGUUAUAAAAGCCGAACAAAGUCUUCGUUCGUCGGCGAUGCCCAGUCCUUCGAGCAAGACAAGCGUCAAUCUCCAAGGCAACUACUGUUCAGGCUCAAUAAAUAGUCCACUUAGUUUUUAUACAAAUUACGAGAAAGAAAAAGACAAUGAAAGUGGUGCAUCACUGCAGCAUUCACCGCCAGAUGCAUCGGUGACCCAACUGCCACUUACAACUAUUUCGACUGCACCGUCAAGAUGCCAAAUGGUAGCCGGAUUGCGGCCAGCUAAGACCGUCGAAACAUUCCUCGGCAUGGUGGUGGUGCGACCUGGUGAGGAAGGUAGCGGUGGAGGCGGCAGUGGAGUUGGUGGUGGUGGUGGUUGCCUAUCCCUGGGAGGCUACAGUGAUAAAAAGACUAAGCUACACGAAGUAGAACAAUACCAUCAUACGACGACGACGUCGCUGACAAAUGUCGCCAAACGGGAUGCCAUCAGUGAUAUAAAAGGCGGUGAUGAUGUCAGCAACAAAAGCCUCAGUAGCACUGACAGUAAUACAAAAUCACGUUGCUGUAAUAUACUCCUGGGUGUGAGUGGUGGAGGUGGUGGUGGCAAUUACUCGGGUAGCGGUGGCAAUGGUUGUAAAACAGAAAAUUCUGAAAGCGAAACAUUUUCCUGGCAGCGAAGGCCACACCAUGAAGUCACAACCUGGGAUUUGUAUAAUGCAUACACGCCGACUGGCGCAUCAGCAUCAGCAGCCAAGAUGGGACGUCCCCAUCAAUACCAGCAUCAUCAUCAGCACCAGCACCAUCAUGGGAUGAGUAGUUUGCACCACGUAGAGCAAAUCAAAGACUGUGCCCGGCCAGAAAGUCCUAACUUCGUCGCUGUGAAGACUUUAGACAUCCUGCAAGGUGUUUCACCAGACAGCAUUAUUGGCAUACGUACAAGUAUUCCGGCGACGACGAUGUCAUCAGCAAAGCCCAACGACAUUCAACAUUUUAAACCAUUUGUGGAAAAUCUGCCAACAAUGACUACUUCAUUAACGAAAACACAAGCAACACCGCAAUCCCAAAAGCAUGUCACCAUUGCUGAGAUACAAAAACUCACAUCACAACAUCCCUUCGAUCAUAAUAUGCCCGCUGCUGUUGGCACAUCGAUAUCACCACCCUGCUCUUCCGCAGGAGGGGGAGGAGCAGCAGCAGCAGCAGCAGCGACGGCAGCAUCAUCAAAAACAGACGCUAGCUAUAUGAGUCGGCAAACAUCAACCCUACACCCACCCAUUAUCAUGAUAACAUCCUCGUCUAUGGACCACCAUUCUGAAAGGACCCGAGACACAGGUGUCCUCGCUGAUAGACUGCAACAAAACAGGACCGACAGUAUGAAAGAAAGUUUCUCAUCAGCUGAAACUGUGGACGUGUCAGGCGAAAACAAAGCUCUCGGCGUGGUGGACCUGGAUGCCUCCUCGAACGGGAUGCUCGAUAGAAUAUCUCAUGACCUGGAUUAUUUAUUAAAUCGAACAAACGAUGUUCCUCCUCCACCUCCUCCCGCUUCUUCUUCGACACUGAUUCACGUAGGUAGACCUUCCACAACGUUGCCUUCCUCAUCGACAUCAACAUCGACAUCAACAACGACAUCGACACCGCCAACGCUAGCUUCAGUUCCAGCUCCAGCUCAACAACCAGCACCACCACCACCACCACCAAAUCUGCUGACGUCAACAUCAAAUGAAUGCGACAGUUGCGCUGUUACCGUGGAAUCUGGCUUGGGAGCCCAUGAAGUUAUUAGCAUACCACCGCCACCCCUUCCUCCGAGCGGCUCCAUUCCAAUAACAAUAUCCUGUUCAACCCUGAGGACACGCAUCAGCGUCCUCCACGAGGUAAUAAUGGAGGACGAUGCCGAACAGGAGCACGAACAAGAGCUAGACUGAAUUUUGUUUGCAUUCGAGUGGAAUGGGAAAAUGUAAAAUGUAAAAUCAUCCAAGCCAACCAACCAUCCAGCCAUCCAGUCAGCCAGUCCGCCAUCUACAGCACAAGACACAAAGAGAAACUUAUUGGAUGAUGAUGUAAAUUCGUUCCCAAGAAAUCUGAGUUGAACUAAGCUCAAGUCCUAUCCCUGUGUCCCAUCGCCAUCGCCAUCGCCAUCUCCAUCGCCACUCAAUGGACAAGCUAGAUACUAUAAACAAAAUUAUAUCAUUUUAUAAUAGAAACACACAUCUACACAAAAACUACAUAAAAUGCAUUUAACAAAAGAAAAAUCAAAAAAGCUAUAAAUGCAAAACUUUUUUAUUCGAUUUAAUUUUUUAAAGUUAUAAAAAUGAAUUUAUUCUAAAAAGAAAUUAUUAUUGUACAUAAAUAAAUAAAUUAAAUCUUGUAUUUUAAUAAUUAUCGAUUUGUGUGUAAGGAUUGAGGAG